AUGCCAGACCUUAUCAAAGGCCUUGCUGACGUCUCGCAGUAUUGCGUUCGUCUGGUGCUUGUUAGCGAGACCGAGAGCAAUCUCCUCAUAAGCAAGGUGCUCAAGCAGGUCCACCCUGAUACCGGUAUCUCCUCCAAGGCCAUGUCUAUCAUGAACUCUUUCGUGAAUGACAUUUUUGAGCGCAUUGCAGCUGAGGCUUCCCGCCUUGCACACUACAACAAGCGUUCCACCAUCACCAGCCGGGAGAUUCAGACCGCUGUCAGGCUGUUGCUCCCUGGAGAACUUGCCAAGCACGCUGUUAGUGAGGGCACAAAGGCCGUCACAAAGUACACUUCCUCCAAGUAAAUCUCUAGGUUGCAUGCUUUUCUUGCCUCCUAGAACA